UUUUGUAAUAAAACAGUAGGCAGACAGUAUCUCCUCUCAUAAAAGUUCUUCAACAGUGUACUACACGGAACUUUUGACAUUUAAGCCAUUAUAAAGCGACUGAGUUCGAUGCGUAAUUUAUCUAAUUGAAUCCAUUUUAUUCUUAGUGCGUAACGCACUUUGGAAAAGGGCUUCCCGCACAGUUGUAUUAAAAAGUAAACUUUGCAGUCAGGAUGUCCACGGUGGCUUCUGUGCGGCUCCCGGCCAUUCAACACCCUUCAUCAAGACUAGGAGAUCCAGAUCUCAUCUCACUCCGGGGUUUUUCCACAGACUGCGGCAGAGAACAGAGACACUGGAUGCCUCAAAGAGGAACCAGACCUCAGUCUCCGGGCGCGGAGAGCAUGGAUUCCGCUUUUCGCAGUGAGAGCAGCAGAAGUGAUAGAAGUUCUCUGAUGGAGAAAGGAAAAAGAAGAGGAUUAGAUAUUCCAGAGCAAAUACCCGAAGGAGACGAGGUCAUCCAUGACCAGGAUAAAGCCAGAUUACCUGCCUUCCGUCACAUGGCGGCAUCAGAGACCCGAUCCAUUAGUAUGCUUUCUCAUAUAACAAACUCCAGCACUGGUCCAUGGAUGACAGAUCAAAUUGAUCAGCUGAAAGAUGAGCUAAAAGAGCGCAUUCAAACUACUGGAGCUCUGACACUCAAAAUCCUGUUCAAGAACAACCACCCUGAUGGCAAACCUCUGGUCAACAGACCUGUUUUACUUGAAAUCCUUACAAAGUUCCUGAGACGGCCUGUCACAGCUAAACAGUUGAAAGGCCUUCUAUUCUGUCUGCACCUCUCUGACCGAGUGCUUAUCAGUUUUGAGGAGUUUUAUGGUGCCUUAAAAGACCCAGACUUCAGUAAAAGUAACGCUGCAGGUCCUCUUACAAUUCCCCAGACACUGGCCCUCUUGAGAGGACCUGCCCGCAGCAGGUUUCUGGAGUGUGUAGAGGUGUUGUGCAAGUCAGACAGUCUUACUGAAAACUGGAUUUCUGCCCCAGAGUUCAGAAAUAUUCUCAACAAGCUCAAACUUCCCCUGAAAGAUCCAGAUUUUGAAAAAUUAUGGAAAAGGCUAGAUGUGGAUGGACUUGGAGCAGCCAAACAGACUAUUUUUCUGCAGAGAUUGGGAUUAAGCAGAAGGAUUGAACAAAACAAUGAGAAAAACUACCACACUUCCAUUAACGCUAAAGCUGAGGACACAAAAGCUCCUGCUAGGGCACUCUCCAAGGCAGAAGAGGAGCGUCACACAUCUAUCGCUAUUGAGACGUGGCUAAAGGACAGAUUCAGAGAAGGAGCUCAGAAGAUGAAAACAGAGUUUGAUCAACUGGAUCCUGAGAACAGCGGGAAGGUGAGGGGUGCAGACUUUCUGCAGGUGUUGGGGAAGUUUGGCCUGCAUCUGAAGAUGAAGCACCUGGGCCUGUUUCUGUCUCGGUGUGGUCUGAAGCUUAAAAAGGGCUGCGUGCAGUACUUGAACUUCCUGCGCUCCUUCCAGGACAGAAGUUCAGAUGGCAUCACUCACAAGAUCAUCUCCAACCCAAAACACCGGUUUCAUUCUGAUGAGAGCAUCCGAUGUGCUUCCUCCUUAAGUGCCAUAGAGGCCAAAUUAACUCGCCUGUUUCAGUCAGAAUACCUCUCCCUCCUCCAGACCUUUCAGAACAUUGACAAGCUUAAUAAGGGGACCAUAAGUAAAGAAGAAUUUAGAGCUGCAAUGGAGAGCAGGUUUGGCCUGGAGAUUUCCGACCCUCAGUUUGAGCAGCUGUUGGACAGGCUCCCUCUUGACCGCCACGGAAAUGUGCUAUACCCGAUUUUCAUGGCAGCCUUUGACACCAGGAAAGGAGUUCCCAGCCUCUUCCAGGGAGCCGCCCAGCCUGCCUUAGACCAUGAUACAGGCGAGGAGAAGAGUUCAGAAGCGGAUCGGAGUGACCUUGAGCUGUUUAGUCUGGUGAAGAGUGUGGUGGCAAAUCAUUACAGAGAUGUACUGCGAGAGUUUGAAGAGCUGGAUGAGAAAAACACCAGACGUCUCACUCAGGAGGACAUGUACCAGUUAUUUAAAAGGUUAGCGCUCCGUCCUGAGGUGACUCGUGGAGAUGUCCGGAGGUUGUGGUCCUCUUUGUUAACCCAGCAGGAUGGAACUGUGGACUUUCAACAGUUUAUACGUCAUUUUGGCCCAUCGCCCAAAUCCUGCUGUUACCCCAAUGCCAAGCACAAUCCCCCCAAACGUGGAGACAAUGACUUCAUGCGCCUCUCUAAAAGACUCCACUGCGUCUCAGAUAUACUAGUGGAUGCUCUACGGGCCAAGGUGGAGUUGUCUGUUUCUGAGCUCUGGACUGAGUUCUCCGAAAUGGAUUUUUCUGGAACAGGCUUUGUUAGCAGUGAUGAAUUUAAAGAGAUUCUUAUGAAUCUCUGUGUUCAUCUCAGCCAGUAUGAGUGCGAUUUACUGGCCAGGAAGUUUGACAUCAACCAUGAUGACAGUGUAUCCUACAUAGAAUUCCUUAGGCCUUUUCUAUACCAGGGCCAUGUAUGGAAGCAUGGGUCCAAUAUGGCAGCUGUUCUGCAGACUCCCAGAGAAACUAAAGAAUCUGUUACUCUUGAAACAUUAAGUCACAGGAUCAGGAAAAAGCUCCAACGUAAGACCAAGGCUCUUAGAAAGGCCUGUGCCCGGCUAGAUGGCUCCAGCACUGGGCUUCUGUCUGCAGCUGAUCUGGGUGCUGUACUACAGCUGUGGGGAGUGUGCCAGAGCCAGGAAGAGCUGAAAAGUGUGUUCUCUACCCUUCACACCCACCCUUCUGGACGCCUGGAUUACCGCCCGCUCCUAAUGGACAAACACAGGACAUCCAGUCAUAAUCAGCAGACCAAACACCACCUCAGCCAAAGGGGUCAAUAGGUCAGAGGUUUAUAAGAAAUGAUGGCUACAUUGGCUUUAGGAGCUUUCACCACACUACAAAGAGAGAUGGAAGUUGAUAUUUUAACUAAUCAUAUUAACCCUAUUGCUUCAUGUAGGCAUAAUCGAAGUUACAAUCAUGCUGUAAACAUGUUUAAAACACCUGUUUGAAAAC